UGAAGGGUGGGUAGUGUCUACGUUUUGGCGUCACAGGUCAGUCUUAGCUGUCAAUAGCAAAAUAAAACCUGUACAACUUCAUAUUUUAGGUGAAACAAGGAAUGCAUGUUAAAAGAAAAACUAGUGUCUUGUUGAAUCCACAAUUGUUCUGACUGUGAUGGUUAUCCCUGAAUGGCAAUUUCAUUGUACAGCCUUCUUUCACGAGGACGUACACAUUAGGAGAGUGCUAGUGGGCUACCGCUAGCUAGCUAGCUAGCUGACAUGCUAAGUUAGCUAGCUAAGAAAGUGAAGAAGACGGCAGCAAAGGUAGCUAAACCUACAUACUCAGACCUAUGCAACUGAUAUCAGGUGAGUGAUGGAGACGAGAGAGUUGACCGUAGUGGCUGGCAGCUUCGUCGGUUUCCAACUGCUGUUCUCCGUGGCCAGCCCACUUUUCUCCUCAGCCUUCACCCCUGGCUACAGUCGACUGCCCCCCUCCAAGCUCACCGAGUGGAAUUCCAGGUUGGUGUCCACUGUCCAUGCUCUGAUCGUGGGCCUCUUCUGCCUCUACAUCCUGUGGUUCGAUGAUGCCGUCAAUGCAGACCCUGUCUGGGGGGAUCCUGGUCUGGUGAAACUUAAUGUGGCCAUCACAUGUGGUUAUUUGCUCUAUGACCUUGUGCUUCUGGCCUCCAACUGGAGCACAAUGGGGGACGGCUUUUUCGUCUGUCACCACUUGGCGGCGCUAUAUGCAUAUGGAUAUGUGUUGACUCGUGGCGUGCUUCCCUAUUUCGCCAACUUCCGUCUCAUUUCGGAGUUAUCCACACCGUUUGUGAACCAAAGGUGGUUCUACGAGGUGCUGAAGUACCCUCGCUCCGACCGCUUGGUGGUGGCCAACGGCAUGGCCAUGGCAGUGGUCUUCUUCAUGGUGCGCAUCUUCGUCAUGCCGCCUUACUGGGCCCGGGUGUUUGCCACGUUCGGCACCGAAGCCUUUGAGCGCCUGGGCGUCGGCGCUCAGGUGGCCUGGAUCACUUCGUGCAUCGCUCUGGACAUCCUCAACACCAUCUGGAUGUACAAGAUCGCCCGCGGCUGCUACAAGGUCAUGAUGGGUGCCAGGGCCGGGAAGGCCGUGGGUGUCUCCCAGGUCAAGCAGAACCAUAUGAACAACCAUACUGACUAAGAGAACCAGGCUGGAGAGUCUCUGGAAGGGAGCUCUCACAGCCCGAGCCUUGUCACUCUUUCGAUCCCCUGAAAUCAUGUAGCGGAAUGGGCUCGGAUCCUGGCCCCCAGAGAAUGACACUGGUCCAACACCAGCUCUGUGUCUCAGUGUUUCAUCCAUGCUAUCAUAUACCCAGGCUGGGCUUUUUGUUAGAAGUGACGGAGAAGCUACGAAGCACAUUCAUCCCCCAUUUGCCUUCAGUCAAAGCCCAGUCAUUUGAAGUGCCUGUGGUAGACAGGUAGAAAGCAAUAAAAGAAGAAAACACACCCACUCAUUGCCCCCCCCCCCCCCAGCCUCUCUCCAUUUUUAGUUGCCUGGCCCGUCCAACCUGAUGAGUGGCCCUGCUUGGCCCAGUGGACUUUUCAGUCUAAGUGUGCUAGUUUGACCUCAGACAGACACCACGAUGCCUCUUACUGUAUCUCCCGGAGCCUGUUCUUUAUAAACCCCUGGCUACAUCACCAUCAGACAGGUACCCCACCUGCAGCAAGCACCCAACCCGUCACACUUAAUCGUCACUGGAUUUCCAAUCGACAGACAGGAUGUGCAGGUGAGAUGGAGACAUGGAUGAGGUGAUGGGAUUCUACCAGAAACCUCUUGCUCUUUCAUCAUUUCAUCCAAUGUCUGGCUCUUCUCCAUUUGGGGCUCGGGGGUCUAAAUUAUCCCAUUUGUUCCCCCUGUUACCCAACCUCAAAACAAAGAAUUGACAUAAACACUUUUUAUCUUCACUACACAUUCAUAAUCCUCUGUUUCGCCAGAGGUCAAAUCCAUCCAGUUUGAUGCUUCUUUUCUACCUCUCCCCUGCCUUAUAAAGACUUGUCAAUCCCUCCAUAUGAAAAGAAUCACGUUUUUUCUACUGUAAAGAGGUUUUAGCCUUUGAAACGAUUUAAUCCAUUAUCCAGUCCAGGUGACUAUAGAGGACGGUCUCUGGAGAUGUUCCCAGCAGCCACUGCAGCUUUACACUGUAACACACAACACUGUGUCUGCUGUGUCUCUUUAAGGCACCUCUGGGGAUUUAAAACUACAGUUUUGUUUGUUUUUUUUGUCUUUACUUGUCAGUGUUUUUGUGAGAACUAUAUAUUAAAAACAUGAGCAGGUACCUUUUUGGAAGAAGGCCUUCUAACUGGCUUAAGUUUGUGGUGCCUUCGUGAACCCAACAAGGUGAUCUUCCACCUACAGAAUGUCGGCCAUAGGAAUGCUAGCAAUAUGUUCAAAUGUGUUUCUAUAGAUGUAUGAUCAAAUAUGAGUUACCAGUCUGACAAGAACAGCUAUAAGCUGUCAAUGUUGUAUGUGUAGCAUUGGGAUGUCAUACUGUUCAAAUAGAUUUGAUUCACUUCAAGUCUCCGACCGCUCGUUAGGAAAACAUUUUGAUUAUGUCUUUAUAAUCUCCUAUCACUAGUUUAAAUCACUAAACAGGAUAGAUAUAAAAUUGAUAUCAUCUAUGGAUUUCAAUGAUCACCUCUUCCUCCCCGCAAUUCAUUUUAAUCAGUGUGUUUUAUGCGUUUGUUCCGCAUCUGUAGUGUUUUGAUUUCUAUCCACAAAACCAUUGAAAUAGUUUGGGACGGGCAUCUGAAAUGUAGGACUUUUCACUGUGGAAUUAAAGCACACUUUCUGUGAUGGAGGAGUCACCUUAGAUCUCCCUGUGUUUACCACUCGGGAGGCUUGUAAAUGUUGUGCCUUUACAUCAACAGGAACUCUAAUGCAGUCAGGUAAGAGAUUAGGAUGACGUGUUUUUUUUUUUUUUUGUUGUGAACUUUUUUCUGCUAUGGUAACCUCUAUACUUUUGUUGUUAUGUAGCUGUAAGCUAUAUGUUUUUGUACCCUGCACUAAAAUGAAUCCGGCCAAGUAUUUUCAAAUGUUGAUCCGUCAGUGGAGGGCGUUCUUGGGAAGUAUUUCUCCUGAAUACUGGAGCAGUCCUGUGGUUAUUAGUGUUCAGGUAGUUCUGUUGGACUUGAGAGGAGCGGCAUGUGGUUUGUAGGGGCACGUUGAUGGUUGUGACUAGGAGGAAGAUGAUGGGCACUGUAAUUGUCAUCAUGUAGAUAUUCAGAGAAUCAGGUUAGGUUCAGCUCAUUUCUACCCCUUGCUCUUCCAAUACUUUAAGCUGUGAAAAGAGUAACUUGUUUGUACCGUUCAUUAAUGAUGUUUCAGCGGGAUUUGCGGUCCAAGUGGUAGUGUGCAUCUAACACCGCUUGGAUGCCUGUGAGGGGUUUUACCUCCGGUACGAAGUCUCCAUCAACAAUUCCAUCCAACAAUUGCACAAAGAGGAAGAAGUGCCCAUUGUUCAAUGUGAGGAAAAACACUUGAUCUGGUGUGUAGUGAUUGUCACAAAUGGCUUGUAUGCAGUGAGCAUUGAAUUGCUAUGUGGACUUAAGGGAGAUGAUAAAAAAUAAGCGACGUCAGAAGGGCUUUGGGAUUGGCAACGUGGACAAUGUGACAUGGUGGUUUCUGCAAUGCCAAAAUCCACCAGAAACAACCAGCCUUUUAUCCCUUUGAGAGGCAAGUGUUGGUGUAUUUAUAGAACAUACAAAUGAUCCCAUGCCACAGCUAACAGGUGAGAAUGCACUGGAGCUCCUGGAAGAACCAGUAGAACCUUGCAUUUUCUAUAGCUGCAUUGCAUGUAUUUCACCUUAGCAGCGUAAAAAAAAAAUACUUCUAGACAUUUGGUACUACAUGCCAUGGUUUGGGCAGAGUGUUUUCUGUUUAGUUUUUUUUUUACGUUUUUUAAAUUAAUUGUUUUUAUUGUAUAAUCAAUGCAAUGUACAAAUUGUUGUGACUUGUCCAAAACAAGUUAAUUUGUUAUUCAGUAAACACAACAUAUAUCCAGAGGAAAUAUUCUAACAAGCAACAAUCAAUUUUACCAAAAUGAAAACCAAUGUGAAAGAAACCCUAACAGUUACACUCUCAUGACAUCUCACUCUAUUGACCUGUUAGAUACAAAAUGUGUGGCAUUCUGCUUGUAGCUGAGAUCUUACAUCAACUGUGGGAACCUUGUGUCUUCUACUUGGGAGACUUCACAUCUACUGGGGAGACCUCACGUCUUCUACUGUCUGUGUUAGGUCACAUUGUUAUGGUUAUUUCAAUUGCCCCAUCAAGCGAGGCAGGCAGUGGACAAUUCCAGAAGUAAAUUAUCAAGGAAAUUAAGGAGCCAUUGAAGACCUUGUGCAUUUGUGAAGAGACAGUUAGACCUGCUAGAAAUGGUUCCAUUGUUGCUGUUGAAUGACAGCACAUUAUUAUCACUGAGAAACAUUUCUUCCCUGAGUUUUUCUCGUUCUCUUGUACAGUCUUGCUUGACCUGUGGGGCAUAUCUGGAGACCACAGCAAAUGCAUUGUGUCUCAAGGGGUGGAGAUGGAACAGAUUUGGUCAAGAAAGUUUGUUUAAUAUAAAAUAAAUGUUAUUCUGAUGAAUGAUAGCAAUGAAAUAAGUAAAAACAACAUGAUGGGAGAAAAAAAAACAGAUCAAUUGUUGCAGUUUAGUUUUUGGUCCUUUUUUUAUUUUACUGAAAGGCAUUUAUUUUCAUUGUAAUUAUUAAAGAUUUUUAGUUGAACAAAAUACAAUACAGGCCUUUGGGUCCCUGUCUCAACACCAUGUGACCCAGAUUGUUGUCUACAAUGACCACUACUAAUGAUGUAAUUGUAGCGCUGAAAUUUGAGACUUACUUGAACCUUUUGCUCUUCAAUAAAUUUUGAAGACCAAA